AUUACCAAAAAAAAAAAAAUAAAAACAUUUUUUUUAGAAUUUUAAAAUUUCAGAAAAAAAUAAUAAAAUGGAUGGAUGGUUAAAAGUAUGUUUUUUGUUGUGUUUUUUUAAAAUCAACUUUGUGGAUGGAAAGAAAUAUACUAGGUGGCCUAUAGCUGAUUUAAAAUGUCCCGGUUACAACGAGGUCUACGCCGAAUGUCAUGCCGAAUGCGACACACAUUGCGAAGACCUCUUCGACAUCAGAAAGAGGAUGGAUUGUGUCCCUACUCCGCCGCCGCCGCCCCUUCAAAGGGAGUUCCUCGCCGCCCUUUGUGCAGACAUGAAACCCGAAGGAGCAGAAUCUGGAGAAGAAACGACGACUGUGGCACCAGAAGAUGGAGCAGGAGGCGAGGGCGGUGAAGGAGGCGAAGGCGGUGAAGGUGGUGAAGGUGAAGGAGGAGGUGAAGGGGGUGAAGAUGAAAAUAAAAAAAGGAGGAAAAGAGAUGAUGAUGGUGAAGGCGGUGGAGAAGGUGAAGGAGAUGAGGAGCCAAAUGCAGAAGUCGAAGAAGAAAAUGUUGGAGAAGGUGAAGGUACAAAUGAAGAGGAGUCUGGAAACACGGAUGAUUCUCAAAAACCCGAAGACAAAGCACAAGAGGGCGUCAAGAAAGAUGCCCUAGGCCGAGAUUGCCGAGCCGGUUGCAUCUGUACCACAGGGACAGCCCGAAACAGGGACGGAAUCUGCGUCCCAACCGACCUUUGCGAUUCGCAAGAAAUCCUGGCAGGACACUGGAGCCCCAAAGAGCAAACAAACUCGAAAAAUCAGCAGAAUCAAUCUCCGGGUUAUGGACGACCUGGUGGAUCUUCUUCGGGAGGUUCGAGUUAUCAAUCGUCGAGGGAACUUAUUGGCUGCGAUCAUCAUAAGCAGCCUUGGGAAUGCAUCAGACAUACUCCUCCACAAUUAGGAUAUUUACUUGAUGUUCCACAAUACGAUCAAGGAUUUGGAAAUCCCGAAGAUGUCAAUGUAGAGGUCCACACAAUUACCAAAAGAGCAUCACCUCCAACUCCUGCCCACCAAACAGACCUGGUAGCCCUCUUAAAAUCCUCAAACAUCAUACGAUCAAGUCGUGUUGAAAAAGUAAUGCAGGAAACAGACCGCAAAUUCUAUUCCCCUACAAAUCCUUACUUAGAUUUACCUCAAAGGCUUCAACGUGGAACACAUGGAGCAACCAUAAGUACUCCAACAAUGCACGCAUACGCCUUAGAACUCCUCCAACCCUUCAUAAAACACGGAGAAAACAUCCUGGACAUAGGAUCAGGAAGUGGGUAUCUUCUAGCCUGUUUUUCGAGGCUGAAAAACCUGGACGGCCACGAUAGAAAUGACACAAGUGUAGUUGUCGGUAUCGACAAUCAACGAGAAUUGAUUAGGAUAGCCAGGAAUAAUUUGAAACAAGAUGAUCGCACGUUGUUGCACGAUAUUGUACUAAUUUCUGGGGAUGGUAGAUUUGGUUACCCAAAGUAUGCGCCUUAUAAUGCAAUUCAUGUAGGUGCAUCUGCAAUGGAAGUUCCGCAGAGUUUGAUAGAUCAACUUAAACCUGGAGGUAGAUUGGUGAUGCCUGUAGGACCCCGGGGUAAAAUGCAGGAUUUUGUGGCUGUUGAUAAAGAUUUUGAUGGUCAUUUGAAGGAGACGAAAGUUUUGAAAGUGAAGUUUAUGCCUUUAACGAAAUAAACGUGGAACCAUUAUGGCAAUAAAUAUUGGUGGCAUUUAUUUUAUCAUCUCUUACAAAAACAUGGAACAAAUCAAAUAAUUAUUAUUUAAACUUUGUAAUAUUUUUUCAGUGAAUCAAAAAAACAGAAAUCACAC